AUGUCUUUAUUGUCUGCUGCAAAAGCCAAGUCACCUAAUUUAGGAUUCACUCCAGACUUUGUGCAUACAGCUAUGGCACCAUAUCUAAAUGACCUUCACAAAUCAGGAAUUCGCGUGAUCAGUAAUGCAGGAGGAACCAACCCCCUGGCCUGUGGUGCUGCUUUACAAGAAAUAAUAAAAAAGUCAGAUCUGGAUAUGAAAAUUGCUGUUGUUACUGGUGAUGAUUUAAUAAAGCAGAAAGAUGCCUUCAAGACAGGAGGAAUCACUGACAUGGAUAGUGGGAAGCCGUUCCCAGAACAUAUUCAGAGUGUGAAUGCUUACCUGGGGGCAAGACCAAUUAGCAGGGCUCUGGACCUUGGGGCAGACAUUGUCAUUACUGGAAGAUGUGUGGACAGCAGCCUCGUCUUGGGACCACUAAUACACACUUUUGGAUGGAAGAGAAAUAAUUUUAACUUACUCGCAUCUGGAAGCCUAGCUGGUCAUCUAAUAGAAUGUGGUGCCCAGUGCACUGGAGGAAUAUACACAGACUGGCAUCUGGUACCAGAUUGGCACAACAUAGGAUUUCCUAUAGCGGAAUGCACCUCGGAUGGGAAUUUCACCAUAACGAAGCCACGGGAAAGCGGAGGUCUUAUCUCAUUUGGCACGGUUGCAGAGCAGUUAGUUUAUGAAAUUGGUGAUCCUCGACACUACAUUCUGCCAGAUGUCUCUUGUAACUUUUCCCAUGUUACGAUUACUGAAGUUCAAGAUGAGGAGGCUGUCACUGUAACUGGAGCAAUAGGAAUUCCACCAUCUUCAUCAUAUAAGGUGUGUGCCACAUAUCUGGAUGGCUUCAGAGCCACAGCCGUAUGUGCUGCUGUAGGAGGACCACGAGCAGCAGAAAAAGGAAGGCGGACAGCUGAAAGCAUUCUGAGCAGAACUCGAGAUAUGUUCACUCAUCUUGGCUUGGAAGAUUACAGUGCAGUACAUCUGCAGAUUAUUGGUGCUGAAGAUUCAUAUGGACCACAUGCUAGAGGAAAAGAUCUUGCUCGCGAAGCUGUCAUUUGGCUCGGUGUUCAUCACAAGCAAAAAAAAGCUCUGGAAAUCUUUGCAAGGGAGAUUGCACCUGCUGGCACAGGAAUGGCUCCUGGUCUAACUGCAGUUGUUGGAGGACGACCAAAAGUAUCCCCUGUCCUGAAGCCAUUUUUCUUCCUGUAUCCCAGGAAAGAUGUCAAGAUUGAUAUAUUCAUGGAUGGAAACCAUAUAGAACAGUUUGUAGACGAUCACUCAUUCACUGUGGAUGAAUAUAUUUCUUCUGUUGAGCCUGUAACACCAGAAGUGCCCAAAGAUCUACCAAGUGGUCCUUAUUCAUAUCGCUUAGAGGAGCUGGCGUAUACAAGAAGUGGAGACAAAGGAAACACUGCAAACAUAGGUGUUGUAGCUCGCCAUCCUUUAUACUACCCAUAUCUGAAAAGAGCACUUAGUGCCCAAGUUGUAGAAGAAUAUUUCCAACAUCUACUGCAGAAAGAAGUUGAUAGUGAACAGCUCGUCACUAGGUAUGAGCUACCAGGAACACACGCCUUAAACUUUGUCCUGAAGAAUUCUCUGGGGGGUGGAGGUAUUGCAUCACUGAGGAGUGACCCUCAGGGGAAGGCAUUUGGACAAAUGCUACUAGACCUCGAAAUCAAAAACGUCCCUGAUCUAAAAUCAUUGAUUGAAUAA